AUGGACAGAUGUGAGAUGCACAGGUGUGAGAUGCACAUGUGCAUGGACAGGUGUGAGAUGUACAUAUGUGAGAUGCACAGAUGUGAGAUGCACAGGUGCAUGGACAGGUGUGAGAUGCACAGAUGUGAGAUGCACAUGUGCAUGGACAGAUGUGAGAUGCACAUGGGUGAGAUGCACAGGUGCAUGGACAGGUGUGAGAUUCACAGGUGUGAGAUGCACAUGUGCAUGGACAGAUGUGAGAUGCACAUGUGCAUGGACAGAUGUGAGAUGCACAGGUGUGAGAUGCACAGGUGUGAGAUGCACAUGUGUGAGAUGCACAGGUGCAUGGACAGGUGUGGUGCUGUGUUACAGGUGGCAUUUGAGAGGAUUCCGACGCACAUGCUCAUGCUGGGAACUGUCGUUUGCACCGCUGUUACCACCAACAAAAGGUUACCAUAG